GGCCUUCAACCCGGAGUUGAUUACGUUCCUUUCUCCUUUCUUCUCCGUCUCCACACCCAUAAUGUCAGAAAUCGCUGCCCUGGAGGCAGAGGUCAAGGAGUUCAAGCUCCAGCUUGAAACCGUUCAAUCGAGUUUGCAGGUAGACCCAGACAACACGGAAUUGCAGAGUCUCAAAACUGAGCUGGAAGAACUUAUAAAUCUCACCGAAACAUCCAUUGCCGAACUCAAACCAUCCGCGCCAGAACCCCAACAACCCCAACCCACCGCGGCGAAGGAUCGCAGCACGAGGGACAACGACAGCUACAACAACAGCAACAGCUAUACCUCCCAGACUCCGACCCCGACGACCUAUCGCAAAUCAGCGGUCGAACAGCCCGACGAGCCAGCCAUCCAGACCUCCUUCGCCGUCAAUGAACACGUCCUCGCCCGCUGGGUGUCCGGCGACAACUCGUUCUACCCGGCGCGCAUCACCUCCAUCACCGGCUCCGCCACCAACCCCGUCUACCUCGUCUCCUUCAAGUCCUACGGCACGGUGGAGAAUCUAACUUCCAAAGACAUCAGGCCCAUCUCCGCCAAUGAAUCGCGAAAGCGCAAGGCUGAUGCAAGCUCAGGCAAUUCUUCUUCGCAAUCACCGGCUCCGCAGCCGCCCCACGCCAGCGUGAUCUCCGCCGCCGCGGACAUCAACCCCGCCUUGGCCACCCAGGCCCGCAAGGAGCCGAGCAAGGUGAGCGAUGGGCCGGCGCGACCUUCCAAGGUGCCGAGGAAGGUGAAAGCCAACAAGGAGCUGGAAGCCGGCAAGAUGAAAUGGAAGGAUUUCGCCAGCAAGGGGAAGCUGGGACGUAAGGAUAGCAUGUUCCGCACCGGUGAUGGGCCGAAUGCCCGAGUGGGCUUCACCGGCUCCGGCCAAACCAUGCGCAAAGAUCCGUCGCGGACACGACACGUCUACCAGCAGGGCGAGGAGGAAGGCUACUAGCCGGGUUUUCUUUUUUCAUGAUUCAUGGGCUUCGUUCUAUGUUGUUUUAUCCUUACCCUGUAUCACAUCGCUAACGGGCUGUGGUGUCAAAUUUAGUGAAGCGAGCCAGUCGUACAUAUUUGGAGUUGAGAAGUCUAGAUGCAUGCAUCGUGGAGCUGCAUCAUCAGUAAUUUAUGACUCAUUUGUGGUC